AUGAAGAAUAAUAAUAACAUUAGGACGGGUCAUUUAAUUAGUAACAAAGAUACAAAUACAAAUAUUAGUAAUAAUAACAUUGGAAUAUCAAAAUGUUUUUGUAUUCUAAAUUUGAAAAAUGAGAAACAUUCAACAUUCAUUCAAUGUAAUCAUAACCCUACUAGACAUUAUUAUUAUUUAUUAUUUCUAAACAAAUUAACUACAUAUAAAAAGUAUCCAUUACUAUAUCCUUUACACAUUGAAUAUAAAUUACAUAAGAAAUAUAUCUUAUCAAUAAAUGAUGAUGAUAAUAAUAAUAAGAAGAAAAUACCCGAUAAAUUUGAUCAUUCUAUGCUCAUUAUAAAUAAUAUAAAAAUGUAUUAUUCAACUAUUUUAUCAACAAAUUUAUAUAUUAAUAAAUUUAAUUUCUUUAUAAAUAUUAAACAGUUUUGUCAAAAAUAUACUACUUAUAUAUUGAAUAAUAGUAAUAAGUAUUGGUUAGAAAAUUAUUAUAAAAUAAAAUAUUUACAAAAUCAAAAAUCAAUUAAUCAAUCAAUAAUUGAUUUAUCUUAUUUUAAACAAAUGAAUGAUUUUAUCAUUAAUAGAAAUUUAUACUCCGAUGUAAUAACAAAUAUGUUCACAUCUAAAGGUUAUAUAUAUGCAACAAAUAAUAAUGGAUUAACAUCUGAAAUGAAUUUAAGUAAUGAGAUAAAUCAACAAAAUCAUAAUGAAAAACAAGUCAUUCAACAUGAACGAUAUCAGCGGAAUCAGUUACAGGAAUGUACACAUAUUAAUAGUUAUAGUUCUACAAGACAUUUAUCAGUGAUGAGAUCCAAAUGUUUACGUAGUAGUGUAGCUGCAGAAGAAAAAAUUACUAUUGCUAGUAAUUCAUUUAAGAAUUAUGUCAAGAGCUGUCGUUCACCUAAUCAAUUAUCUACCUCGUCUGUAAGAGUAGCAACAAGAAAGCCAAUAGGAAAUGUGAAUCCGUCAGAAAGAUUGAAAAAAUUUCAAAACUCUAAGCAUUUAGUUGAUAGCAUCUGUUCUUCAGAUGAUAACUUGGAUCAAAGUAGGCUAUCGAAUUCUGUAGCUAAAAAUAGUAUAUCUAUAAAUUCGGUUAUUGAUCAUUCAAAACGUACUUUGGUGAAACCUGCCAUACUGUCCAAGAAACAAAUUAAUAAACAAGAUCCUAAUAAAACUUAUGAAACAAACUGUCUACGUUUAACGGCUCGGUCACAUCAAAAUCAAUCACAAACUGCGCUCCCGACUAAAUCACAAAAACAGCACCCAGCAGUGAUAUUGCCGUCUUCUACCUCUUCUGUUAGUUAUAGAUUAUCGAAUUUAAAUCGGCCACAAUCUUCAACACUAUUAGGUAAACCUCGUACUUCAUGUUUAUCGAAUUCCAAAGUUAGUUCAAAUAAAUACUCAGUAAUCAGACGAACAAGUACACUACGGACUCUUUGUUUAUGCUUUUAUGCUGUAGAAAUUUAUCAUGAAGAUUUAUCUUUUACAUUCGCUUAUCUCUCUCAAUUGGUCCCUGAUGAUUUGGCUAGACAUGAAAUUACAACUGUAUCAAAUGGUUUCAGCUUGAUUAAAAAAUACACCCCAUUCUCUUUGAUUCACCAUGUCAAAUUACCAAUAAUGAAUAAUUUUUUAUUGAAUUAUUUAACAAUACAGGAUAUUAUUCCCGAAAAUGAUAUCAAGCCAAUGUCUCCAUCAUUAUUUCAAGCGGAGUUUGAUUAUUCGUCAAUAACAACUGUGAGAUCAUUCAAUAAAGAAAUCCAGUCAAAUGUUCCUGAUCAAAUAGAUUUAGAUAAGAGUUGUUUAAAAGAGAAACAUAGCAGAGUAAUAUUGAGAAAAUCAUCUGAUUUAUUAAUCACUGAGCCAUCUUCAUCAACAUCACCAUCGUUGUCAUCAUCAGCGUUAUUAUUGAUGGAUUCAAAGAAUAAACAGUUAGUCUCCAAAUCAUACACUGCAAAGUCAACAGAUUAUUCUGUUGAUAAUAAUGACAUCACUUCAAAAAUAGUUAUUGAUAAAAGUCCUAUUAAACACAAUCCCGUUCAUAAAUUGUGUUCAAAUCCGUCGACUAUUGUCACUAAAACAUUUCAAUCGAAUUCUGAUGUGUAUGAUUUACUGUCUCAAGUUAAACUGAGUCUAAUCAAGGUGGAGCGUCAUUUAAAUGAACUGGACGCAUAUCAUGAUGAUGGUGACGACGACGACGAUAAGAGUGUUCAUUCUGUUGAUCAAGUUGGUGAAUCAUUAUCAUUAGCUCAUUUGGCUACAUCAUGCGAUCAGUUGAUAAAAUUCCUGGGUCAACUUAAAGCUUAUGAUUUUCGAAUAAAUUCUAUGAAAUCUCUAUUGAAGUCAACUUUACCAAGUAGUAGUACAUCACUUGUUGUUACCACUGAUCAAGACGAACUAUUGAAUGAAUUGAAUAUUGUUUGGCGAAAACUGAUUAAAUUUAUUUAUGAAAAAAGUUUAAACUAUUUAAUUUAUGAAUUUGAAAAACAUUUAACUUAUACAAAAAAUCGUUUAGAUUAUUAUUUUCAACAUAUCCAUGUUAUAUCCCCUACUAAUGAUGAAAAAGAAGAAGAAAGUUUCAAUGAUGAAAAAAAAUUAAAUAAAUCAUCAGAAUCCAUUAUCUCAUCAACGACAAGAUCACCAUUAUUCUCUUCCACAUUCUCAUCAUCAACAUCACCAUCAUCAUCCUCUUCAUUAUCUGAAUUAUUAUCAUGUGCUCAAUUAUUGUAUACAAUUAAAUUACGAUUAAUUGAUUGGCUUAAUUAUACAACUUUAUUAUUAAUGUUAAUAAAGGAUAAUGAGAAGAAUGAUUGGUAUUCCAUCUUAGAUAAUAUAUUAUUACAAUCUAAUGAAGAAUAUAAUAAUAAUGUCGAUGUUAAUUCAUUGAAAAUUGAUCUUGUAAAACUUCAAAUAAAUUUCUUUCAUUUAUUAAAUUUAAAUAAAAAUUUAUGUUUAAAAUGUUAUCAAUUAUUUACAUAUUUAAAUAAUAAUCAUAAUAAUAAAUUAUCAUUCAUAAAUAAUAAAAAUUAUUCUUUACAUAAUAUUACUAAUCAUUUUAUCAUGGAAAAUCAAUAUAUUGAUUUAUCAUUAUUAAUGAAAGAUGAUUAUAUAAUGAAAUCUAAUUCACAGUUAUAUGAUGAUAAUGAUAAUAGUAGUAGUUCAGAAUGCUUUGAAUCUGAUCAUUUUUCAUUGAUAAAGAAAAACAAUCGUUCAAAUUUAUUGGAUAUAGAUUUGGAUUUAGCCAAUUCACAAUUAAACAACUUUAUCGUUUCUAAUUUAUCAUCAGACGAGUUAAACAAUAUUCAUCAAACCCCUAAAUCAAUAUAUUUAAUUGCUAUGGUGAAACCAAAUUAUAACAAUAUCAUUUUGAAAAAUAACAAUUUAUCAACUAUUGAGAGUAGAAUGCAAAGUGUACAUAAUUUCCAUGCUAAACCUUUGACAAAAUUAUUUGAUCUAAAACAAAUAACUGGUUUACAGUUUUAUCCUUAUCCUGUUCUUCAUCAUGAUAGUAAUGAACAGUCUAAUUUCAGCAAUAAUCUGACAGAAUCAUCAAACAACAAAAUUAGACAAAUUCAACUUCAUUUUAAUCUAACGAAUUCAAUGCAAAAUAUGUCGGAAAAAUCGAUCAUGCCAAUUAAUACAACUAUCAUCAGUAAUUUCAUGAAUUCACCAAACUGCAUUUGUAUCAUCAGCACUUCUUAUAAAUCAGGUAAAAUAAACAUAAAAAGUACAUUUAAAAUAUCUUACAAAAGAAAUGUUCAUUUAAACGAUGAACUAUUAAUAAAUUCACCAUUGAAUCAAAUGUCUACAAUAUUGAACAGAAAUAUUUGUGAAAUCAAUUGCGCCAAUAAACAUCAUGAUAAUAAUGGUGCUUCUGAUCUUGAUCUUGAUGGUGAUGAUGAUGAUGACGAUCAUAAUAAUUCAUUACGUUAUUCAAUUAAUACUGUAUUUAAAAACAACUAUGAUCACUGUAAAUUAUUUAUUCAAAAAAAACUAUUACAAAACGGUUUACCAUUUAUGCGUAAUAAUAAACCUCAUUUAUUUCCUGUCUAUAGUUCACCUUCAACAUCACCAUCAUCACAUCUUCCACUGCCUGGUUCUAGUGUUCAUUAUUCUCAUAAUCAGAACAGAAGUGUUUUGUAUAGAACAACAUCAUACUUAUCUAAACGUUUAUGUAGUAGUAUAUUCACGAAAUUGUUAUCAUAUUUUAUUUUCUUGUGUAUAGUAUUAUAUCUUAUUAAUUUUCUGGUAAAGUCUUCAUUUUCUCUACUAAAUAAUCUGUUAGUUAUACAUAAAGAAGAUUGUAGACAGCAGACAUCUUCACAAAUAUUCCUUUAUUCAUUAUUGUCAUGGAUUAAACGAAUAGGCGUGGACGGUGUUGAUGUACCACGAAGAAAUGUCAGCUUACUUAGUGAAAAUCCAUUGACUAGAACGUGGCCAGAUAAUGCACCACCGUUUUAA